AUGAAUUUUUCGAAUUUACCAUUGGAUUUAUCUGCUGACUGUGUCCUUUCUGUUGGAACAAACCGAGUACCAGAUACAACAGAUUUCACUGAGGAUGCAACAGGAACAUCAGACAAUAACAUCCCAGCCGAGAUAAAGACACAAACAAUUUUUUCAUUUACAGAUUUAGAACCAGGAUUUUACACAUCUCUACCAUGGCUUCUUCUCUUUCUCUCUGAGCUGUGUCUCUUCCUUAUAUGUCUUCUAGCCCAAGCCUUAAGGUGGCAUCCCGUUUCUCGUUCUGUAUUUCCAGAGAGAUUGCCAGAAAAUGAUAAACUUCCAGCUAUCGAUGUCUUUGUUUUCACAGCAGAUGCAGAUAGAGAGCCAACUUUGCAUGUGAUGAACACUGUCAUAUCAGCCAUGGCGCUGGACUACCCUCCUGACAAGCUUCAUGUGUAUCUUUCCGACGAUGGUGGUUCUGCGGUGACUUUGAAUGGAAUGAGAGAGGCUUGGAGAUUUUCCAAGUGGUGGAUUCCAUUUUGCAGGAGGUUUAAAAUCCAGAAGAGGUGUCCAGAUGCUUAUUUCUCAUCAUUAGUGAAUGAUGAUGAUGAUGGCCAUUCGGAAAGUUUUGAUGAGUUCACAACAGAACAAGAUAAGCUUAAAGUAUGCUUUUUCAUUUCUUUCGUUAUCUACUUACUUGUAAAAUUUUACUAUAAAAAACAGAAAAUGUCUUUGUUCGAAAUAGUUAUGCUGAUAUUUGUUACAGGAAGGAUACCAAGUGUUCAAAGAAAGCAUACAAAAUUAGACAUUCUGUUCUUACUAUUUAUUAUCUUUUAUCAGGUGAUCCAAGGAAAUCCCAGUGACCCUAACACAGAACAAGAAGAGAUAGCUAUGUUGCCUCAACUUGUUUAUGUUUCUAGGGAGAAAAGACCUUCUCAUCCUCACCAUUUUAAGGCUGGAGCAUUUAAUGCUCUUCUUCGAGUCUCCGGUGUGAUAAGCAAUUCUCCAUACAUACUUGCUCUUGACUGUGACAUGUAUUGCAAUGAUCCAACAUCAGCAAGACAAGCUAUGUGCUUUCAUCUUGAUCCAAAAAUAUCUUCCUCUCUAGCUUUUGUGCAGUUCCCUCAGAGAUUCCACAACGUUUCUAGAAAUGAUAUCUAUGACAGUCAGAUAAGGUCAACAUAUUCGUUGCUCUGGCAAGGUAUGGAUGGACUGGAUGGACCUGUAUUGUCUGGUACAGGCUUUUUCCUGAAAAGGGUGUCCUUAUAUGGCAGAUAUGUGGAAGAAGAAGGUGCUGAUCCAAUUGAACUGAAAAAGUAUUUUGGGCCAUCCAAUGAGUUCAUCAAAUCUCUUGUUAAUCACAAGAAGCCUAAUGUAGCAAAUAUUAGAGACUCUUCUAAUUCUAAUGCAUUGUUACAAGAGGCCAAAUUUUUGGCUUCUUGCACCUAUGGAAGUGAAACAAAAUGGGGUCAAGAUGUAAGUAAGCUAGCCUUUUUAUUUUCUUAUAAAUUUGAUUAUGUGCUAAUGGUGGACUUGUUGUCGCAGAAUAAUUGGAUAGGAGCUUCAGUAUUGCUCUCGUUAGCAGUCAACUUGGAUUGGGAAUUGCAUCAACUCGAUGUAAAAACUGCUUUCUUGAAUGGCGAGCUGGAAGAAGAGGUGUACAUGAGUCAGCCUUCAGGUUUUGAAGAAUCUCCCAAUUCAACUAAAGUUGUCAAGGAGCUUGGAUACGUGCAAGGUCAGACUGACCAUACUCUCUUUAUCAAACACUCAGUCGAAGGGAAAAUGUCAGUUCUGAUCUUGUAUGUUGAUGACAUAAUUGUUACUGGCAACCAUACUGAAGAGAUGAGUAUGAUUAAAGAAAGGUUGGCAAAGGAGUUCGAAGUCAAAAAUCUCGGUGCUCUCAGGUAUUUUUUGGGAAUGGAAUUUGCUAGAAGCAAAAGUGGAAUUUCUGUGUCCCAAAGGAAAUACACUCUUGAUCUCUUAAAGGAGACAGAAAUGCUCAGUAGCAAGCCCAACAAGACUCCAAUAGAGCUUGGAGACAAGAGGAGAAUGUUCGAAGGAAGUCCAGUUGACAAAGGGAGGUACCAACAGCUAGUAGGGAAGUUUAUCUUCCUCUCACAUACUAGACCUGACAUUGCCUUUGCGGUGAGUCUAGUCAGUCAAUAUAUGCAUAAUCCUUGUCAGGGACAUCUCAAUGCAGUAUAUAGAAUUAUGAGGUAUCUCAAGCAAACAUCAGGGAAAUAUCUUUUCUUCAAAAAGACAAACGAGAGGAAAGUUGAAGUGUUCACAGAUGCAGAUUGGGCUGGGUCAGUUGAUGAUAGAAAGUCUACAUCUGGGUAUUGUACGAUUGUUUGGGGUAAUGUAGUUACAUGGUGA